GAUCGGUUUGGCCAUUUCGGAGGCCCUGGGGGUGGGCGGGGCCCGGGUCCUGCUGGGCUCUCGCCACGCCCACGUGGCCCGAGCUGUCAAUCACCAGGGGCGGGGCCUGCAGGUGAGCGGCGUCACGUGCCACGUGGGCCACGCCCCCGACCGACAGCGCCUCCUGCAGGCCGCGCUGGAGACGUUCGGGGGCAUCGACAUCCUGGUGUCCAACGCCGCCGUCAACCCCCACCUGGGCCCCGCCUUCGCCGACGAGACCACCUGGGACAAGAUUUUCCAGGUGAACGUGACGGCCGCCGCGAUGCUGGUGAAGCUCGUGGUGCCCCACAUGGAGAAAAGGGGGGGCGGGGCCAUCGUGGUGAUGUCAUCGAUCGCCGGCUACCGCCCAAUGCCGGGAUUGGGCCCCUACAGCGUGAGCAAGGCGGCCCUGCUGGGGCUGGUGCAGGCCCUGGGGCCGGAGCUGCUGCCCCGGGGGAUCCGAAUCAACGGCGUCGCCCCCGGAAUCAUCCAGACACGAUUCAGCGCCGCGCUCUGGGAGGACGAGGCCGUCCGGAAAAAGACGAUGGAGACCCUCGGGAUCCAACGUCUGGGCUCCCCGCGGGACGUGGCGAG